AUGAGGAAUUUCUUCCUCUACCUCCUAAUAAUUUCACCCAUUUAUGCAUCAAACGAAACUGAAACCACAGAAAUCUUCAAUGUAAUCAAAUUCACCAAUAAAUCCGAUUUCACCAAGACUUUGGCGCCAGGAAAAAUCGAUAUUCACUAUAAAAGUUUAAGCAUAAACGAUGCCCUGGAUCUUGCAAGAAUCUCAAUUUCUCUCCCAAAUCCUAAAGAUUUUCUAGUCUACGGCAAAGAUCCAAUAAUUGAGAUGAUGGUUUCGAAUGGAAGAGAUAGCCUAACUCUAAAUCUCCCUGUGAUUCAAAAUAAUGGCGAUUUAGCCUGGGAUGAGGGAAAACUUCUAAAUCCCCUUCUUCCAAAUGAUUUUGGCAGUCAAAAAAAGAACAAAAACCAACCGCAAACCCUAUUUAUCACUGUGCAAUCUCGUUUAAAUGUUGAAAUUCUGUACAAAAUCAAUAUUCGUUUCCUGGAUAGAUCACAAUAUGUUGUACGGUAAGCGUUGCGUGCGCGUCGCGGUCGAUAUUUUUUGUUCUUUAGGUGGAAAGAUGGUAAUUCUACGCACGAAUAUCUUCAUCAACAUUUAACAUUUGUGAAACCUAUUGGAUAUUAUAUAAAUGUUGUUGAGCAAAAAAUGUCGAAUUUGAAGAUUACACUUUUGUCGGAGGAUGAUAUAUGUGCUACCUUGGUUACAGUCCCGAAUAAUGUAGGGUUCGAAAAUCCGGUCAUUUUGAGUAUAAACAUGCCUAACCUGAAUUUUAGCUCUAGAAAUUUCAGAUUUCCGGUUUCAGAAUCUCUAGAACUCACAGUAGUUCUAGAAAUUCUGAUAGUUCCAGGAAAUCUGAAAUUUCAGAGCUAAGGAGAUGCGGAAGCUAUGCCCAAAUUUUCGUUUUUCAGCUCGAAAACUUUGAAAAAUCUAGAAUUUUCAGCUAAAAUUUAUGCCCAAUUUUUGUUUGGAAAAAAUCUAGAAAUGAAUAAUUUCCUUGUCCAAAAUUGUUUUUUGAAACAUGAAACGUGACCUAGUUAAAAAUAGGUGACGUGGAAAACUACAUUUUACUUCAUUUUCGAAUUUUAAAAAUCUAGAAACACGUGUGUUUGAGUUAUAGUAAGUUCAAGCUCCAAAUUCAAAGUGAAAUUUAGCUCUAGAAAUUUCAGACUUUCUGGUUUCAGAAUCUCUAGAUCUCUAGAAAUUCUGUUAGUUCCAGGAAAUCUGAAAUUUCAGAGCUAAGGAGAUGCGGAAGCUAUGCCCAAAUUUUGAAUUUUACAAGGGAAGUGCAUAAGGGUAGGUGUUGAACUUUUUGUGCAAUUUGGUACACAUAUAGAUUCGAACCUGCUGAUCUUGAACCUGUUUUCAAAAAUUGCCACAAGUGCACCCAAAUGGUGUUUUUCGCCAUCAAAAAAUCACCAUUUUUUUCUUCGUUUCAUAUAUCAAACAUUUGCAGGCAGAAAAAACAGGAGCGCGUAGCCGAGUGGUAAACACUCACGUCUUUGAAAUUUUAGGUUAUGGGAUCGAUCCCGCUCCAAGGCAAACUUUUUUUUCAAUUUUUUUUCAAAUCCAUUUAUGAUAACUUGUCAAAACACGUUAUAAUAUUUAUGAUAACUGGUCGCAAAUGUUUUGAUUUGUGGAUCAAUUCAUCUGAAGAAAAAAUGAAUUUCGCGACAUUUUUUGUCACGAAAUUGCAAUUCGUGAAACGACACGAAAUAAACACAAAAAUCUCAGAGAAAGCCGGCGACUAAUCGGCGACCAACAAGUUCGUCGCAAGUUCGUCGGCGAAAAUAGUGUGUGUUUCCCGGAGACGCAGACGAAAAAGUUUCAGGCGACUAAUCGGCGACUAAUCGGCGACUAACUUAUGAUUGGUCGCCGAUUAGUCGCCUGAAACUUUUUCGUCUGCGUCUCCGGGAAACACACACUAUUUUCGCCGACGAACUUGCGACGAACUUACGAUUGGCAGACGAUUAGUCGCCUGAUUUCGAUUCGUCGUAAGUUCGUCGCCGAUUAGUCGCCGGCUUUCUCUGAGAUAAAGGAGAAAUAUUAAAGGGACACGUAAUCGCUGCGAGACCCAACACACGAAAAAAGAAUUUCCUCUUUUAUUUUAUUAAUUUCGUGUGGUUUCGCGAAUUGCAAUUUCGCGACAAAAAAUGUCGCGAAAUUCAUUUUUUCUUCAGAUGAAUUGAUCCAUUGGAAAAAAAUUAGUGAAUGUUGCGUUCAAAAGGCAGAUGACUUUUAUUUUGAAACAAAAAAGACCAAUAAGAAUGGAAUGAUCAAGAGAGCUAGCCUGGAAACGAUGAAUAAAAACUUUCAAUUCAUAUCUAGUGCAAAUCAGCUGGAUAAACUCCGAGAAUUUCAUCGACUGGGGAAAUUUUUUCUAGAAUUUUUUUUCUGACGAAAGUAUUUUAAAGGUGAAAUUUGAACGGAAAGAUGAAAUGAUCUCCAUUUGAUAACUUCUGAAAAAUGUUCUGAAUUUUUUUAAUGGUUAUGUUUCCAUGAUUUUGUUUUUUGUUUUCAUAAAUGGAUUUGCAAAAAAAAUGGAAAAAAAGUUUGCCUCGAAGCGGGAUCGAUCCCAUAACCUAAAAUUUCAAACGUGAGUGUUUACCACUCGACUACGCGCUCCUGUUUUUUUCUGCCUGCAAAUGUUUGAUAUAUGAAACGAGGAAAAAAUGGUGAAUUUUCGAUGGCGCCAAACUGCUUUUGGGUGCACUUGUGGCAAUUUUUGAAAACGAAUUCGAGAUCAGCGGGUUCGAAUCUAUAUGUGUACUAAAUUGCAGAAAAAGUUCAACACCUAACCUUAUGCACUUCCCUUGUUAGCUCAAAAACUUGGAAUUUUCAGCCAGAAAUUUAGCAAUUCCAGCUAAAAUUUAUGUCCAAAUUUUGCCGGAGAAAAAUCUAGAAGUUAAUAAAUUUCGAAACGUGAAACGUGACCUAUUUUCAAAAUUAUUGACGUUGAAAACUACAUUUUCAUUUCAUUUUAGAAUUUUAGAAUUUUAGAAACACGUGAGUUUCAGUAAGUACUAGCUUCAAAUUCAAAGUGAAAUUUAGCUCUAGAAAUUUCAGAUUUCCGGUUUCAGAAUCUCUAGAACUCGAAAAGUUCUAGAAAUUCUGUUAGUUCCAGGAAAUCUGAAAUUUCAGAGCUAAGGAGAUGCGGAAGCUAUGCCCAAAUUUUCAUUUUUAGCUCAAAAACUUGUGAAAAAUCUCGAUUUUCAGCUCUCAAUCUACGAAAAUUCGGAUCAACUCGAAAAAUUCGAGCGUCGUCUAACUCUAACCCGCCGUGCCGAUGUAUAUUUCUCCGAAAAUGAGUUAUCGCAACUCACAGAUUUCCGAAUCUUUGUUUUCGUCAAUCGGAAUGAUCAAGAAUGCGAUUCAGAAGCUGCAAAUCAUCGAAAAGAUCAAAACCGUGCAAAGAAAUUGAGCUUCUUCUUCGAAAAAAUCGAUAAAUCCUCGUAUUUUUUGCCGAUUUCUGUGAUGUUUUUGGUGUUUUUAGCGCCGAUUUUUGGAGUUGCUGGAUAUUUUUGGAUGACAAAAGUGAAUAAAAUAAUAAUAAGAAGUGGUGGAAGUGGAAUUUUGAUUCAAUUAAAUAAUAGUUCUGAUAUUGAAAGUGAGUAAAACUUGCUGAAAAUUUCGAUUUUCAGUAAAAAGUGAUUUUUAGCUCUAGAAAUUUCAGAUUUCCUGGUUUCAGAAUCUCUAGAACUUGAGCAGUUCUAGAAAUUCUGUUAGUUCCAGGAAAUCUGAAAUUUCAGAGCUAAGGAGAUGCGGAAGCUAUGCCCAAAUUUUUCAGAUUCCACAGCUCCAGAACUCCCAGAACUCCCAGAAGUCGAAGAAUUUCCCACCCAACCAAAUUUGCUCCAAAGUUCAAUGCUCAAAUAUCCGCUUGCAAUAAUUUUGCCAAUUUUCAUGCACGCCAUCUCAGAAUAUCACAAAUUCACGCAAACAUCGAUGGCAAAUCGCGACGAGAUUUGUUUUCAUAACUUGGCGUGCGCAAAACCAUUCUGGGAAUUUCGAGCAUUCAAUAAUAUUCUGAGCAAUUUCGGGUAUUUUGUGUGCGGAAGUGUUUUUGUUGGAUUUACUUUGGUGAAAAAGGGACAGAUGGUGGGUUUUGGAGUGAAAAAUCUCAUAGAAAAUUGAAAUUUAGCUCUAGAAAUUUCAGAUUUCCGGUUUCAGAAUCUCUAGAACUCACAGUAGUUCUAGAAAUUCUGUUAGUUCCAGGAAAUCUGAAAUUUCAGAGCUAAGGAGAUGCGGAAGCUAUGCCCAAAUUUUGAAUUUUAGCUCAAAAACUUCUGGAAUUUUCAGCCAAAAAACAGUGGUGUCUACGAUUGUUCGGAUUUGGAUGUUUUGAUUGGAUUUUUGUUGGUUUUGCAGUCGAUUGGAAGCAGUGCUUAUCAUAUUUGUCCCAAUGUUUUGGCUUUUCAGUUUGGUGAGAUUUUGGCGGGAAAUUUGGGUUUUUCAGUGUUUUUUAGCCUAGAAUUAAGCUGAAAUUAAUAAUUUUAAGAUUUUUUUGGUUUGAAAAAAUUCACUGUUUCAAAAAUUUCAUUUAAAAUUUUGGAAAAUUGAAUUAAUUAAUUGUUUUAUGCAACUCGUUUUCAAAUAGAAAAAAAAAUAUAUUUUAAGCCUAAAAUUAACCUGAAAUUAUAGAAUUCCAAGAUUUUUUAUUUUCAAAAAUUCACUGUUUCAAAAUUUUCAUUAAAAAUUUUUGAACAAUUGAAAAUUCUUAUUGUUUAUGUUAGUUUUAAUCAUGAUUAAAUAAAUAAAUUUUGUGACGUCGUAAGCUGUUUUAGACCUGAAAGUUGGAAAUUCUCAGUUUUUCCUCGCGAAAUUUGAAUUUUUCAGUGAUUUUUAGCCCAGAAUCACUCUGAAAUUAAUAAUUUUAAGAUUUUUUGGUUUGAAAAAAAUUCACCGUUUCAAAAUUUUCGUAAAUAUUUUUGAAAAAUUGAGAGUUUUGCUAUUUCAGAUAUACACUGUUUUAAUUUAUUCCAUGAAUUUUUAAAAUACAUUUUUGCCACGUCAUAAGCUGUUUUCGACCUGAAAGUUAGAAAUUCUCAGUUUUCAUCGCAAAAUUUGAAUUUUUCAGUGAUUUUUAGCCUAGAAUUAACCUGAAAUUAAUAAUUUCAAGAUUUUUUGGUUUGAAAAAAUUCACUGUUUCAAAAUUUUCAUUAAACAUUUUUGAACAAUUAAAUUAAUCAAUGAUUUCAUAUGCCUUUUCCAAAUAAAAAAAAAUUAUUUUCAGCCCAGAAUUAACCUGAAAUUAAUAAUUUUAAGAUUUUUUAUAUGAAAAAAAUCCGCUGUUUCAAAAUUUUCAUUUAAAAUUUCGGAAAAUUGAAAUUUUAGUAUAUCAAAUGCUAUUCAAAAAAUAUCUAAAUCUCAAAAUUUUGAAUUUCAGCUUGAAAUUUCCCAAUUUUUCAGACACUCCCUGCAUCCAAAUCAUCUCCUGCCUAAUAAUAAUCCGUCAAUCAAUAAUUCGCCACAAAUCUCCAUCUCCACACAUUUCCAACGCGAUUUUUGUUGGCGUUUUCGCCGCGAAUUUCGCGAUUUCUGCACUCGCAAGCUGGAUUUUUGUGCGAUUUGCUAUCGCAAUUUUUCAUUUUUCGACGAUUUUUGCGAUUAUUCGAUGGAAAUUGAGAGAAACUGAGCAUUUUUUGGUUUUUUCGGCGAUUUUUGGAAUUUUGAAUGCGGUUUUGGGUGAGUUUUCGACAAAAUAUUGAUGUUUGAUAUCACAAAAUCACAAAUUUCCCAUUUUCAGCCCUUACCUACCUGAUUUUCACCAAAAUUGUGCAUCUAAAUCAUAUUUUGACAUUUUUAACCAUUUUCAACUGCACAGCAUAUUUGCUCUAUUAUACACUGAUGAAAAUUUGGAAAAAUGAGGAGAUUUUGAAGAAGACGGCGAUUUUUGGAGGAUUGGCUGUGGUUUUUUGGGGGUUUGCUAUGGUUUUUUAUCUACAAGGAGAUAUUGAUUGGACGGUGGGUUUUUUGAGCCGAAAACCAUGAAAUUUGGAGCAUUUUGAGCCCGGAUUCGAUAAAUUUGGGAUUUUUGGAGCAUUUUGUGCUCAAUUUUUGAGAAAAUCUGAUUUUUUCAAGCCUAAGCUUAAUUUUGGCUGAAAAUUCGGGAUUUUUUGAGCCAGAUAUCAUUUUUGGAGCAUUUUUGGCUCAAUAAAUUCAAAAAUCAUGAAAUUUGGAGCAUUUCUAGCCCGGAUUCGAAAAAUUUGGGAUUUUUUGAGCCAGAUAUCAUUUUUGGAGCAUUUUUGGCUCAAUAAAUUCAAAAAUCAUGAAAUUUGGAGCAUUUUGAGCCCGGAUUCGAAAAAUUUGGGAUUUUUUGAGUAAAAAUUUAUUUUUGGAGCAUUUUGUGCUCAAAAUUUGAGAAAAACUGAAUUUUUCAAGCCUAAGCUUAAUGUUGGCUGAAAAUUUGAAUUUUUUGAGCCAGAUAUCAUUUUUGGAGCAAUUUUGGCUCAAUAAAUUUAAAAAUCAUGAAAUUUCGAGCGUUUUGAGCUCGGAUUUGAAAAUUUCGGGAUUUUUUGAGCCAAAAGUUAUUUUUGGAGCAUUUUGUGCUCAAAAAUGAUAGAUUUUCGAUAAUUUUGAGCUGAAAUUUGAAAAAAUUCGAUUUUUCUAGAUAAAAAUUAUGAAAUUAAGAGCAUUUUGAGCCCGGAUUCGAUAAAUUUGGGAUUUUUUGAGCAUGAAAUGAAAUUUGGAGCAUUUUGUGCUCAAAAUUUGAGAAAAUUCAUGAAUUUCUAAAAAUUCAAAUAUUUUUGACCCAAAAACCUGUGGCGAAAAUCAUGAAUUCUGAGCUUUUUUUUUCCCCAGAAAAAUUUACGUUUCAAAAUUUUCACAUAUUUUUUUCGUGAUUUUUCGAAAUCAAUGUUGCUCCAUUGACUAAAUCCCUUCUACAUGUAUUUUUGGCACAAAAAUCGUCCCAAAUUCAAAAUUUUUCCAGAUUUCUCCAGCCAAAUCACGGGCCCUUAACAAACCUUGCCUAAUUUUUGACUUUUUCGGAUCUCACGACAUGUGGCAUGUUUUUAGCGCAUUUGCAACACUUUUCACAUUUUUCUAUGUUUCACUUGUUGAUGAUAAUCUGAGCAAUGUUCCCAGAAAUUGUUUGAAUGUUUUUUAA